AUGGUGUCGCUGAAGCUCCAGAAGCGGAUUUCCGCAAGCGUUCUCAAGUGCGGGAAGAAAAAGGUCUGGCUCGACCCCAAUGAAGUCAGUGAAAUCUCCAUGGCCAAUUCCAGGCAAAAUAUCCGGAAGUUGGUUAAGGAUGGGUUUAUCAUCAGGAAGCCUACAAAGAUUCAUUCUCGUUCUCGUGCACGCAGGAUGAAGGAGGCCAAGAGAAAGGGGCGUCACUCUGGAUAUGGUAAACGCAAGGGUACAAGGGAGGCCAGGCUUCCUACCAAAGUCCUUUGGAUGAGGAGAAUGCGUGUCCUUAGACGCUUGCUUCGUAAGUACAGGGAAGCCAAGAAGAUUGAUAAGCAUAUGUACCAUGACAUGUACAUGAAAGUGAAGGGUAAUGUCUUUAAGAACAAGAGAGUCCUAAUGGAGAGCAUCCACAAGACUAAGGCAGAGAAGGCGAGAGAAAAGACAUUGUCUGAUCAGUUUGAGGCUAAGAGGGCCAAGAAUAAGGCAAGCAGGGAAAGGAAAUUAGCCAGGAGAGAAGAGCGUUUUGCUCAGGGACCUAAAGAGAAAGAACCACCUGUGGCUGCCCCUCAAGCAACCCAACAGGCAACAAAGAAGUCCAAGAAAUGA